GCUCCAUUUUCAAAUCCCAUCUUCAUAAUCUCACAAAACCCAUAAAAUAACUUUCACCAAAUAAGUUCAUUCUAAUUUAUUUCGAAACCAACACACCCCCAAAUGUCUGCUUCAUCGGCUCGCCGGCUCAAGGACCAUGGAACUGCCGGCGCAGGCGUCGGCGUCUCUGCCAAGCCUUCCAAAACCCUAACCCCGGUCUGGAUCUCCGGCAAAAACCCCCCAGUUGGUUUGCAGAGAUCAUCAUCUUGCGGCAAAGAGAACCCUAGGCCCGCUUCUCGUGCCCGAGACCCGGCCCAGAAACCCGUGAUCCGGCCCGUGCCUCGUGUCGACAAGGCCGCCGCCUCCGCCGCGUCUGUGGAUCUCGGGAACGACAGCGGCACACGAGUCCGGUGGUCCACGUCGUCGGCGCCGAGAGGUAGGAGCCCUAGCCCUUCUGAGUUGAAUAGGGUUUUCUCGGAUCGGAGGGUUUCGGUGGGUGCGAGUGGUGGGGGUAAGGGAUUGGAGAGUGGAAAGCAGAGGAAGGGGUUUAGGGAUUUGAGUGUGAAAGGGAGUGAAGGGAAGUCGAAUGGGGUUAGGGCUUUUAGGGAUCGUAAAGAAAGUUUUAGAAUUGGCGUCAAUUCGGAGAAAAGGAGUGGGCUUUGUGAGGAUUUGGAGAUGAAAGUGGAGGAAAAUGGGAAGAAUUUGAAUGAAAUUAGGAGUUUGGAGAACUUUAAUGGUAAAGUUAAUUUAGGCUCAAAUGUGAUAAAAUUGAAUGCUGUUGGUCGCAAUUUUGAUGAAAAGGUUCGAGAUGGUGUUGGGGUUGAUGAGUUUUUGAAGUCGAAUGAGAAAGUUGUGAACGUUGGAAAUGAUGUUGAUUUGUGUGUGGAGGGGCGUGUUGAGAGCACUUUGGAUAAUGGGAAGGCUCUGGAGAUUCCGAAAGAUAAAGGGUUAGAUGGUAACAAGUAUCCAAGCAAGCUUCAUGAGAAGCUUGCGUUUUUGGAAGGGAAAGUGAAGAGGAUUGCGUCAGAUAUUAAGCGGACAAAGGAGAUGUUGGAUAUGAAUAACCCGGAUGCUUCGAAGAUAAUACUUUCUGAUAUUCAGGACAAGAUUUCUGGGAUUCAGAAGGCAAUAGUUAAUGUUGGAGGCGAAUCAGAUGGUAAAAUAGGAUUGUCGAGAGGAGCUGGUGAUGGAGAGAGCAUGAUUAUAGUUCAGAAGGGAAAGAGUAAGGAAGCGGAUAAUAUUAGAAGUUCUGUGAAAGGAUUGAGUAGUUCAGAACUAGAAGCUAGACUCUUUCCUCAUCAUAAGUUGCUCAGAAACCGGACGUUUCUGAAAGCAACAUCAGGAGGUUCUCAAAGUCACGAACCUCAUUUUGAAGGACCAAAUUGUCAGUUAAAGGUGGAUAGUAAGUCGUUUAGCCCUAUUGAUGACAACCCAAUAGCAGUGGAGUUCUUAGCUUCCCUGAAUAAGGAACAAACUAAAGUCACCAUAAGGGACGGGCAGGCUGGUCUGGAAUGUUGUGAAGUUCAAGAAAUGGAUGGUGAUACGUCUACAGGAGUAUCAGAUUGUUCAAAUAUGUUCAAUGAAAAGUGUGAUGUUGAGCUAGUUCUCACGACUGACGAGAGACUUGAUGAGUUUGAUGAUCAGGAGAGAAUUCAGGGUGCAAUAAUUGGUGAGGAGACAGAGGAUACUUGCAUUUAUCAGCUGAAUGAAAUUGGCUGUAAGGCCUCAACAGCAGGAUGGUUUAUCUCUGAGGGGGAGGCGGUCCUUCUCGCCCAUGAUGAUGGUUCUUGCUCAUUUUAUGAUAUUGUUAAUUGCGAGGAGAAGGCUGAGUACAAACUUCCGCCAGGAGUCUCACCUGAUAUAUGGAGGGAUUGUUGGAUAAUUCGUGCCCCUGGUGCAGAUGGUUGCUCAGGAAAAUAUGUUGUGGCUGCGUCUGCUGGGAAUGGUAUUGGUCCAGGCUUUUGCUGUUGGGAUUUCUACUCCAAAGAUGUGCAAGCUUUCCAACUUGAGGGUGGAGCAACCACUUCAAGAACAGUACUUGGUCCCUUACCAAAUAAUAUUGUACACAGAAGAAAUUCUAUUCUUGAUAAUCUGGUCUCGGAAAAUCAACAAUGGUGGUAUAAACCCUGUGGACCUCUUAUCAUCUCAACUGCCAGCUGUCAGAGAGGUGUGAGAAUUUUUGAUAUCCGUGAUGGGGAGCAAAUUAUGAAAUGGGAGGUGCAGAAGCCUGUGUCAACAAUGGAUUAUUCAAGCCCAUUACAGUGGAGAAGCAGGGGAAAAGUAGUUGUAGCUGAAGCAGAGGCAAUCUCCGUGUGGGAUGUGAAUUGUCAAAGUCCUCAAGCACUAUUAUCUGUGUCUUCAUCUGGUCGGAAAAUUUCUGCUCUUCAUGUGAACAAUACUGAUGCUGAAUCAGGUGGUGGGGUUCGUCAAAGAGUAAGUUCGUCAGAAGCAGAAGGAAAUGAUGGUGUUUUCUGCACCCCGGAUUCCAUUAAUAUUUUGGACUUUCGCCACCCAGGUGGUGUAGGUCUGAAGAUGCCAAAACUUGGUGUCAGUGUGCAGUCAGUUUUCUCUCGUGGAGAUUCUGUCUUUCUUGGCUGCUCUAAUGGAAGGUCAGGAGGGAGAAAACAACCUUCUUCACAGGUGCAACAGUUCUCGUUGCGCAAACAAAGGCUAUUUAGCACCUACUCAUUGCCAGAAUCCAAUGCACACUUCCACCACUCAGCAUUAACACAAGUAUGGGGAAAUUCAAACCUUGUAAUGGGUGUUUGUGGACUGGGGCUAUUUGUAUUUGAUGCCUUGAGGGACGAUCCAUUGCAGUCUUUCAUCAGUGAUUCUGGAAACUCUCAAAAUGUUAGAGAUACCAUUGGUCCAGAUGACAUGUAUUCUCCUUCUUUUGAUUACUCAUCCUCUCGUGCUCUCGUUAUAUCAAGAGAUCGCCCAGCUAUGUGGAGGCACUUAUCAUAGGCAUCUUGAUGAAUUUCUGGUGUAUAUUAUGCUUUGGCAUGAUUGGAAGUUCUAAAGAGAGGUUCAACUUCAGUAAUACCAAGAAACAGAUGAAAAGAAAAGAGAAGACUGCUGUAGAGGGACAGCCUAAUGACAUUGAAUUAUAUAUUCAAGCUAUUUUUCACUUCA